CAUGAUUAUGUUGUAAUUAAGUGGUUGCCGGGGGAGGAUCGGUGGGUUGGGACGUUUGGUGUUGGGUCAGGCGCACCGACGGCGCGAAGAGUCGCCGGCUUCCACCUGUUGUGGUGAAUUCUAUUCAGAUGGCCGGGGGUCUAGCGGCAAUGGCUCUGGACGAGGAUGAUUGGAGAUAUAAAACGAUGUACCAACAUCCAGUAGAAUCAACUGAAUGUCGUUCUGUGCAUCAAGCAACUCCAGCUUCCAGAACAGAAGAAGUCGUUAUUGGGUCACUCUUCUCGUCUAAUUCGUCACUACAACUACCGUCUUCCCUCUUGAGACCUAAGAUGUCACCAGUCAUUGAAGAGUCAACCUCAUUCGCCUCUAUUCAUGGCUCCCUGAAGAAUGUCAACAACCCGUCACCAGUAAACGAGACCACUCCCUUAAUGAUGCCCUGUGAUGAACAUACCACAUCAAACACAACAAUGGCACGUACUGAUGAAAAGUAUGUGAAAAGGAACUGCAGUAUGAAAAGGUUAACGUUAUGCUGCUGCAUAGGAACAACGGUGGCAAUAUUACUGGUUUUACUUACGCUAACCGUGACACUCGUUUACGAGAAAAAACCACUCAAUAACUCAGGGAACACAGCUGUACUUCAGAACGAAAACGAUACAAUACUAGCAGUAAAGACAAGUGCCAUGAGAACCAGCAAAUUGUCGCUUCAACUCAUACUCCGGGAGAGUCAACCACUACAUGUUGUAAAUAUCUACUCGAAUCGCUGCAAGAAUCUCAAAACUCACUCCUCGGUGUUAAAUUCUUCGGGAACUUUCUCCGUUCACAGAGCUGUUCCGAUAUUGUCCCCAACGUACCUGGUGUCUGGAUCAGUCAUUCACAUCAAUAGCUAUGUCUUGAACGCAUCCGUUAUUACAGCCCAGAUCGAGCUCUACGUCUUUCGUGGACUAAGUGACCUUGAAACCUACGGUACCAAUCUCCAAGACAGUGUGUACAAAGCCACAGUAUACAUAAAGGGCUCUGGAGUCCAAAACACUUCGACGUUUGUCAACUACACAACACCAACAACUGACUACUAUUUUCUUGUUGUGGAUUCGACCGCCUCCAUAUACGCCCAGUUCGACAUCAACAUAAACAGAAAGUACUACGACCCAGCAGACUAUAAACAAUCCUGUGAAAUCCACGACAGCAAUGUGUGUGAUUUGUCCUACCACACUUCGUUUCAAGAUACACAAGAGUGUGUAUUAGCACAUGCGGUGUAUGUACCAGGGGCUCAAUGGCUGCCUGCAGAGAUUCAGAUCACAGAGGAGCCUCAGAGGUUUACGAAAACAGCUGUAAUAGUGAUGUCAUGUGUUGGGGGAUCCUGUGCACUCUCCCUCUUUACUAUCACUUUUUGUGGGUUUUAUUGUUUGUGUAAGAGGCCACAAAGGAAGUAACAUAGUACUCACCUUUUCACCCCAUGUUUUCUCAGAAACAACUUUAUCUUGUAUGGUUUAUCUGUCUAUGCAAAACAACUUUCCUUUAAAAGUGUAUCUGUCUAUGCGAUAAACUCCGGCUGCAAUGUUAGGUUCAAACGUUAAACAAGCAACCUAUUAGCCUUUACUCGCUCAAUUAAUCGUAGGGUGUGCACAAAGCACCUUUUUUGCACAGUGAUAAUACUGGACAUGCAGAAAUUAUGGUCAGUUGCCCCACCUAUGAUAAAGGUUGUCAUUGUGGGAUAUAAUGCGUAAAUUACACACAUUUAUAUAAUGGUGCGGUUGAGUUAGCUACCAAGUCAAUGAAGACAGUCUUUAACCCUACAGCUACUUGUUUAUAUUGAGAAGGUAUAUACAUCAGGGCUAUCUACUGAAAACUCUCAGUUAAAGUAGUCCAAAGGGGACACUGUGGAAAACUGUUGACUAACUAAUUAGCUACUGCCACCUACUCCACCACAAUAUUUUUCUUUGUCUGUAAUCUGCCUGCUGGUAACAGAUAUCCUGCAAAGAUAUGACAGUUUUCUUUGAGUCAUGCAUUAUAAUAUAGAAAAAAGGCAAACAUCGUACCACACUUUUUGGUCGCAUGGGCAGAAAAACGCCUGUAUAGCUUCAAAGACAGCUUUUCUCAGGUCUGGGAGAUCGUCAUAAGCCAAGUUACCUCCAGACAUUAGAAUGAGCUCAGCAACGACGGAAGGAGUGGGGCAGUCAGCCCUAUCAGGCCAGGGUAAAUCAGUAGACGUUGAGGCUUGCAGUGUAACGCAGCACAGUGGUCCUUGGUAGGGAUCAAAACAUGUCGUCCCGUUGGCUGUAAUGGAUUCUUGUGCUUGUUGUGAGAGUACGAAUGUCCACUGGUAGACAACACCACGCGUGCUCUUCCAAUUACGAAGGCGCUCUGUAAAACCUUUGAUAUUUGCGCUUCCACUAAUGCUCGAGGAGCAGUCAACUCUCAGUGUCAGGAGAUCAGAGAUCAUUGCCUUGGGGCUGCACACUUCAGCCUCAGCCUGCGUCAUCUUUCCCACCCGAUUCAGUUGGGUCCGCGCGCUGAGUUAGUAAUGACGCAUGCGCGAUUUGAUUCCUGGGCUAAUUAGGGGAGGUUGUUUCCGGCGCGGUUGGAUCGGCAAUGGCAGGCACUCCGCAGAGUCUGUUUGUCUCGAUCCAGUACCCACAAGCCAUUGGGACCCUCAGUGAAAGCACGCUGGACGAAUUACUAAGCUCCAUACAGCAAAGUCAACCACUGUACGGCUACGAGUGUUCUCUAUGUACUCUAACGGCUCCUGCCGGAGAGAGCGUGCCUGUGAACACCCCUUCACUCUACUGCAAGAAAGCACCACCCUACGUUACUACAAAGACAGAUGAGUUGCUUCCACUCAUUCUUGUGGAGCUAACCUUUGCAGUAGCAGUGUCUUCAGUCGAUGCUGAUAUCAUAGUAUCAACCAUAGAUGGACUGAUACGUCAACACUUGGUUCCAGAGAAAAGCAAUGUCAGCAUAAAGAUAUUGGUGACCAGUUUGAGUGGUGGACCAUCGCAGAAGGGAAUGUUUACAGCUAACUCUGGUCACUUACCUCCACCUUAUUAUCAUGUCUACGACAAGACUUUACACAGAGCAAACCAUUCUGUGGUGAUACUGCUGGCAAUCUUGUGCCUCGGUAUUCUGCUGCUUAAUUUUGCCAUCAAUUUUCAUUUUUUUCAAUGAAUAAAGUUUAGCUAUUAUUUGCCAAAGCGCC